AUGUCAUCGCAUACCGCGUCCCAACGCUAUCUGAGUACCCGUGGAGGGUCCUACGAUUUCUCCUUCGAGGAGGUCGUUCUCAAGGGUCUUGCCUCCGACGGCGGUCUCUUCAUUCCCGAGGAGAUUCCUACCCUCCCCGAUGACUGGGCGUCCAAGUGGCAGAACCUGUCCUUCGAAGAUCUUGCCUACGAGAUCUUCUCCCGCUACAUCUCCUCCUCCGAGAUCCCGCCUGCCGACUUGAAGGACAUCAUUCACCGAUCUUACUCCACAUUCCGCGCAAAGGAUGUCACACCGACUGUCACACUUGACAAGGAGAAGAACAUCCACCUGCUGGAACUCUUCCACGGCCCCACGUUCGCCUUCAAGGAUGUCGCGCUUCAGUUCUUGGGCAACUUGUUCGAAUACUUUCUCGUGCGCAGGAACCAGAACAAAUCAGGUCGCGAUAGGGAACACUUGACCGUCAUCGGCGCAACAAGUGGUGAUACUGGCUCAGCUGCCAUCUACGGUCUGCGCGGAAAGAAGGAUGUGUCUGUCUUCAUCAUGCAUCCGGAGGGCAAAGUCAGCCCUGUCCAGGAGGCACAGAUGACCACUGUCCUUGACGCGAACGUGCACAACUUGGCCGUGGACGGCACAUUCGAUGACUGCCAGGAUUUCGUCAAGGCUCUCUUCGCCGACCCUGAAAUCAACAAGACUCACCGCCUCGCUGCCGUGAACUCCAUCAACUGGGCGCGUAUCCUCGCCCAGAUCACAUACUUUUUCUACUCUUACUUUGACCUCGUCAAGUCUGAGUCCUUCCUUCCCGCUUCGGCUGUCCGUUUCGUCGUGCCCACCGGAAACUUUGGUGACAUCCUCGCCGGAUAUUUCGCGAAGCGCAUGGGUCUGCCUGCCGAGAAGUUGGUCAUUGCAACCAACGAGAACGAUAUCCUACAUCGCUUUUGGGAAUCUGGAAAAUACGAGAAGAAGAAGGUGCACGGCAGGCAAGCUGAGGGCGGUCUGGUUGAGGAUGGCGUCAAGGCACAUGAGGACGGCGUGAAGGAGACACUCAGCCCAGCUAUGGACAUCCUUGUGUCGUCCAACUUCGAGCGUCUGUUGUGGUUCCUCGCGUAUGAUGUCUACAGCACGUCUUCAGAUGCGGUCUCACAGCGACGCAGCCAGGCAGGCGACCACGUCCGACAGUGGCUGAGCGACCUGAAGACUGAAGGCGGCUUCGCUGUUGACUCGCAGAUCCUCAAGAAGGCCCAGUCUGAUUUCGCCUCGUACCGUGUCAGCGAUGACGAGACCAUCAAAACCAUUAAGAAUAUUUUCCACGCAGGCCCGUCGAAGAGCUACGUGCUUGACCCUCACUCCGCUAUCGGUAUCGCAGCUGCCCUCCAGUCUGCUGAGGUCUCAAAGCCUCCCUCCACACACCAUAUCGCGCUCGCGACAGCACACCCUGCCAAAUUUGCAAAUGCUGUUGAGCUCGCAUUGCCUGAGCAGAAGGAGUACUUCAAGGAGAAGGUGCUGCCCAACGAAUUCAAGGGUCUUGAGGACAAGCCCAGGAGAGUCAGCCAUGCUAAGAAGUCGGAAGGCUGGCAAGGCGUACGCAAGAUUGUCGUCGCUGAGGUAGAAGCUGAGCUACAAGCUGCUGAGCAGGAGGGCCAGUAG